UCCCUUGAAGGGUUCCCCAAGGACCUCACUCCCUCUCAGAGCUCUCCAUCCCUGAGGCUUACACAUCUUUCAGGGGCUCUCUUUUGGGACCCUCCCUCCCCAAGCCUCCCACUCCUUUUUGGAGUCUUCCCUGAGGCCCCCACUCCCUUUUGGGUCUCUCUGUCCCUCCCCAGCCUCCCCAUUCGUUCCCAAGUCCCCCCCAGCAUGGAGAUCAGGUUUGAGUACACUCGGAAGCGCAGUGACUUCGGGCGGCCCUGCAACUUCUCGGACCUCCUGGCCGAGGUGACCGUGGACAUCCCGCCGGACCCCAGCCUGGCCCAGGACUUCAUCCCCCAGGACCCCGUGGACUUCGCCCUGCAGCACGGGCCCGUCAUGGCCAUGCACGAGGUGAACACGGAGCGGGUGCAGGUGACAUCCCAGGGCGUCAACCACGUGGAGGGCGGGUGGCCCAAGCACGUCGACCCUCGGAACUCGGAACUGACCUCCCGCUACAGGGAGGAGGUGGAGAGGGAGGAGGUCUACACCAAUGCCAUCCUGCACCUCGGCACCCUGAUGGAGCACUGCAUCAGGCAGAACAAUGCCAUCGACAUCUACGAGGAAUAUUUUGCGGAGGAUGAGGAAGAAGAGGGGGUUGAGGAGCCUCCCUCUGCCAAAACCAUCAAUGUCCUCAGUGCCUCAAAGGUUAAUUUCAGCGUCAGGGGCUGUUGGGUUGUUUUGGGAGGCAGAUCCAGUAAGAGAAUUGGAUUUUUAGAAAGGGACCCAAACCCCGUCAAGAGGACGGCCACGCAUCUCUCCUGGCACCCCGACGCCAGCAAGGAGCUGGCCGUGGCUUACUGCAGCCUGGAGUUCCAGGACAGGAGGAGGGACAUCAGCUUUGAUUCCUACAUCUGGGAUAUGGAACACCCCUACAAGCCAGAGCUCACCCUCACGCUCUCGUCCCCUGUGGUGACCCUGGAAUACAACCCCAAAGACUGGCACCACCUGCUGGGAGGCUGCUACAACGGGCAGAUAGUGUACUGGGACACCAGGAAAGGGGGGCUGCCCAUGGAGGUGACCCCUGUGGAGCUCAGCCACAGGGACCCCGUGUAUGGAGCGAUCUGGCUGCCCUCCAGAACGGGCACCGAGUGCUUCUCAGCCUCCACAGACGGGCAGGUCCUGUGGUGGGACAUCCGCAAGCUGUCACAGCCCAGCGAGAGGCUGGUCUUGGACAUCACCCGGGAAGAUCAGCUGAAGAAUGCCCUGGGUGCCAUCUCCCUGGACUUUUCCAUGUCCAUGCCCACCAAGUUCCUGGUGGGCACAGAGCAGGGCAGCAUCAUCAACUGCAACCGCGACGCCAAGACCCCCCCCGAGAAAAUCGCCAACGUCUUCAAUGGCCACAUCGGGGCUGUUUAUGCCGUGGCCAGGAGCCCCUUCAACCCCAAAGUCUUCCUGUCGGUCGGUGACUGGACCGCUCGCAUCUGGUCAGAGGAGAACCUGGACGGGUCAUCAAUUAUGGAGACCAAGUGCCACGUUCCCUACCUGCUGGACGGGUGCUGGAGCCCCGUGAAGCCGGCCGUGUUCUUCACCGCCAAGUCGGACGGGACCCUGGACGUCUGGGACUUCCUCUUCCACCAGAGGGACCCUUCCCUCAGCCUCAAGGUGAGCAACGAUCCCCUCCUCAGCCUGCGCCCACAGGACAACGGGCGCAUCAUCGGCUGUGGCACCAAGCUGGGCACCGUCACCCUCCUGGAGAUCUCCCCGGGGCUCUGCACCCUCCGGAAGAACGAGAAGUCCCUGACCUCCACGAUGUUCGAGCGGGAGGCGCGGCGGGAGAAGGUCCUGCAGGACAAAAAGCGGGAGCUGCAGGUGCGGGCACAGCUCCUGGCCAAGGCCAAGAAGGAAGAGCAGGAGGAUCCCCAGGAGGUGUUCAAGCAGGCCCGUGCAGAUUUCUUCGGUGUCAUCAAGGCUGAGCGGCAGAGGAGGGGAGAUUCAGACUCCCUGCUUGGAGAGGGUCAAGAAGAGGAGGCUGCGUAGGAAUAGGAAGAGGAGGAGGAGGAGAAGGGGGAGGAUGCCAAGGUCAGUGCACUCCAGCUUCACCUUCCUCUCCCCUCUGUGCCAGAGCUGCUGCUCCAUGGCUCCUGCAGGGAUGAGUCUGCUGGCCCUGAGCUGGGCAGCACUUGUGGGCUCUGUGCCCCUGUGGGCUGGGCCUUGCACAGCCCCCUGACCCCCACAGCUGCUCCCUGGCCCUUGGCAUCCUGAUUUUCUUUGUGGUGAAUAAACCACUGCUUUCCA